CAACUGUCACAUUAAAUACACACCCGCAUAACACGUCUCAUCGGACAAAUUUUGCCAUUCGCUUUCUAUCCUUGUCUCACCUCGGGUUACAGCGACUGUACGUCUCGCUCACUGACUUAUUGAUUUUGUGUUCCGAAAAACAUUUAGGUGUUAAAUUGUUUUGCUAAUAAUUCCUUUACUUUAAAACUCUUCCUAAAUUAAAUAUAAACAAUGGCAGCAAAGAUUGAAGAAGCCCGGGAACAUAUCAGGGCUGCGGAGAAAGCGUUGAAGACUGGUCUCCUGAAAUGGAAGCCUGAUUUCGACUGCGCCGCCGACGAGUACAGCCAGGCUGCGCAAUGCUACCGCAUCGCUCGCGACAUCCAGCACGCCAAAGAGUACCACAUCAAGGCGUCGGAGUUCUACCAGCGGAACCGCUCGUUCUUCCACGCGGCCAAGGCGCUGGAGACCGCCAUCAUCGUCGGCAAGGAGAUCUCUUCCACGGAUGAGAUCUACACUUUGGCAGAGAACAGCUGCCACCUGUACCAGCAGCACGGGUCCGGGGACUCGGGCGCCAACGUGCUGGACAAGGCCGGCAAGAUCAUCGAGGAACGCGCGCCGGACCAGGCGCUCAAGCUCUACCAACACGCGGCAGAGGUCUCCGCGACUGAGAGUGGCCAGCACCAAGCGGCGGAGUACAUCAGCAAGGCUUCCAGGAUACUCGUCAGGCUUGGCAUGUACGACCAGGCGGUGGACAGCAUCCGGCGCGAGAUCGGUUUCCACCAGGAGCACAGCAACACGGGGGCCAUCGGCCGCCUCACCGUGGCCAUCGUGUUGGUGCAGCUCGCGCGCGGCGACGCCGUGGCCGCCGAGAAGGCUUACAAGGAAUGGGGCAACAACUGCGAAGCGGCAGAAAUGCAGACCAUAGAGCAGCUUCUAGCGGCAUACGACGAGGAAGACCGCGAGUCCGCGAAGCGCGCCCUGCGGAGCCCCUUCAUCCGCCACAUGGACGUGGAGUAUGCUCGGCUGGCUACCACCGUGCCGCUGCCGGAGGGCAUCGACCCCAUGCCCAAUGCUGGGGUGCGGGAGAAUGCCGCGUCGGCCUAUGUCUCGGGACAGUCGCGGCCAGAGCAGUCUGUGGAGGGGGCCACGGCGGCGGACUGCCACCCCGCGCCGCCCGACGACGAAGAUGAGCUCUGCUAGACGCGUGUUCCCGACCACACGUGCGCAGAAACCAACAGACUCCUGAAGUUCUAUAAAUACCCACAAGGGGUCUCCCAGACAGAUUCUACCGGAUUAUUCCCAUUAUUAGUUACAUAAUGAGAUACCACAUAAGCCGCACAGUACUUAAACUAGUCCUGUACAUAAUGCACAGAGCCUAAAUUUGCAUUUUUGCUCAAAAACUAGAUGACUUUAGUGCUGUUAAAAUAGCUUCAAUACCCCAAUUUGUCGUAUUUUUAUUGAACUUUAGGAGUAUCUCAGAUAGCCAACAAUUUGAUGUUGUUAUCAACGCGAGGAAGAUUUAAUGCUUGAAUGUUUUAGUCGAUAGCCUGGGUUUGUGUUCCAUGUAUAUUAUAUGUUGAUUAGUUAUAGUAGUCCAUGUGGUUUACGCAUGUAGGUAUGACUGUAUGUUUUCCAACACUGUUCCAAGAUCCAACUCAUUUCUUCACAAUUUAAAUUAUAAUUUAACGUAGACGGUAAUGUUAUUUACUUAUAUUAUACUGCUGUUAUAAAUUAUAAUAUUCGAUGUCGUAAAAUAUAUUUAUAAUAAUAUAUAUUUGCAUAGUGCAUACAUUUGGAAUUGGAUUGUUAAAAAUAAUUAUUAUAAUAUGUAUGUAUAAUACAUGUAUGUUUGAUCUCAUAAGUAAACUUUAUAUGAGAUAAACAACAAUAAAUAAAUAUUGUAUGGGAAUGUCCAAAUAAAAAUACUACCAUAAGACAAGAACUUAAAUGUACUUACAAUGGUACAUGUCAUUGGGUAAUUCAAAUAAAUACCUAAUAAUAAUAC